UCAUUACUCUCUCUCUCUCUCUCUCUUCUCUCUCCUCUCUCUCAUAUACACAUGUAUACAUACAUGAAAAUGUAUGUAUCGUCCUGUAGGGUUGCAGCCUGUAACCAACCAACCAAGUGACCAACCAUUCUAUUAGUCAUUAGUAUUUAUUUUUAAUGCAAUUUCAAUUCCUCAAUUUCUCCCAUUAAUUAAUUAAAAUAUUCAUUACUCUCUCUCUCUCUCUCUCUCUCUCUCUUCUUUCUCUCUCUCAUAUUCAUUGUUGCGGUUGGAGAUUCGGAACAGAGCACCCACCGAGAAAACCACAAAGGAAACUCGCCUCAUAGAAUUUUUUUCUUCGAUUGUUCUUGGUUUCCUUCACCGAUUCAACUUUUUCCCUUUCUCGUGGUUACUUCCACGGGUUUUUUUAACUCCCAUUUUUGCCGUUUAUCUCCAUUAUGGUUCAGGUUUUUCUCGCAUUCCAUUAAUUUCAAUACCCCACCCAGAAACAUAAAUAGCAAACCCCAUCUUUCUCGCUGUGUACUCGACCGCCGAUAAUGUGAUUCGAUUCCUCAAGGGUUUUCUCAACUGUUAGGAAGCCGGAGGGUUAUCAUGUUCUAGAAGAGAGAAAUAAGUACAUGUUCCAGAAAUUAGAAUAAUGACACGUUCUCUAAGAACCGUUUUGCCUUUUAAAGCUUAUCAAAACAAGGCUGGGGUGCUGGUAAAAAACUACGUAUUAGCAGAUCCUUUUAUCCCAUAUACUUCAGUUCUUGGUGGCAUGUUGGCAUGCAAAUUGGUAUAUGACCUGACUCAGAUCAUCAGCACGUUUUACUUCAGGAGUUACAAUGGCCUCACUAAGGUUCAAAGGAUUGAGUGGAACAAUCGUGGUACUUCAACUCUUCAUGCUGUUUUUAUUUCAAUCAUAUCCUUGUACUUUGUGUUCUGGUCUGAACUUUUCUCUGAUCAAAAUUCUGCGGGGAUAAUUACGCUAAGAAGUUCACCUCUGUCGACAUUUGCACUAGGGAUGUCCGUUGGCUACUUCAUUUCGGACUUGGGAAUGAUUUGUUGGCUGUAUCCUUCUUUGGGCGGGGUGGAGUAUAUUGUACAUCACUCUCUUUCGGCAAUUGCAGUAGCAUAUUCCAUGUUGACCGGGGAGGGUCAACUUUACACGUUCAUGGUUCUGAUAUCUGAGGUGACAACCCCGGAGAUCAAUAUGAGAUGGUUCCUUGAUGUAGCUGGACUGAAGAGAUCUACUGCUUAUCUGAUCAAUGGUGUUGUGAUUUUUUUUGCUUGGUUGGUAGCAAGGAUUCUUUUGUUUGUUUACAUGUCUUACCAUGUCUAUAUCCACCAUAAUCAGGUGAUGCAGAUGCACACUUUUGGUUCUCUUUUGGUGUUUUGUGUACCGACGGCACUUGCCGUAAUGAACUUGGUGUGGUUUGGGAAGAUUCUCAAGGGUCUUAAGAAGACUUUGGCCAAGAGGAAAUCAUGAAAACUGUGAUGAUCAAUUUUGUUUUGGGAAAACAAUAUAUAUGUAAAUGUGUACAUGGAUGGACAUUAUGCAAAUUCUGUAUUUUAAUCCAGGCCAAUGUGAAACGAACUGUGAUGAUCAAUUCUUUUUUAUUUAUUUCUUUCUGAGCAAAUUGCUUUGCUUUUUAUUCCAGACCAAUGUGAAAUGAAAUGAUAGUAGUCCGAGGAUGAUAGA